UCCAUAACAAAUUUUCUCUUUGGGUGGCAAUAUGAAGAACAUCUUGCCGUAUUUUGCUGCCCGGACGCAGGUUGUCAUUCUGGGAUUCAUCUGCUUCGGGUGUCCAGGCAUGUUCAAUGCCCUCAACGGUACUGGCGGCGGCGGUCAAGUCGAUCGGGACGCUGGCAACAACGCCAACACCUCACUCUACGUCUGCUUUAUAUUCUCUGGUCUGUUUGGCGGCGCCGUCAUUAACAAAUUCGGCGUCCGCUUCACCAUGUUCAUCAGCGGGCUCACCUAUGCGUUGUACUCUGGGUCCUACAUCUACAUCAACCACACUGGCAAGUCAUGGUUCACCAUCUGGGCCGGCGCGAUGCUUGGUCUCGGCGCCGGUAUCUUCUGGACUGCUCAAGGCAUGAUCAUGAUGUCGUAUCCGCUCGAAAAGGAAAAAGGAAAGUUCAUCACCAUCUUCUGGGUCAUCUUCAACCUAGGCGGUGUGCUCGGCGGUGUCAUUUUGCUGGGAACAAACUACAACCAUGAGGGCUCGCUCUCCGAUGGUGCCUAUGCUGCCUUUUUGGCGAUCGAAAUUGGUGGGUCGUUGUGUGCUCUGGUUCUUGCUCCGCCUUCCAAGGUUGUCCGUACCGAUGGGAGCCACGUUGAGAUCAAGAAAGUCGAGAAUGUCAUGUCUGAUGCCAUUGCUAUCCUCAAGCUGUUCGCCGACCCGUGGAUGAUCAUUCUGAUUCCGAUGAUGUUCAGCUCCAACUUCUACUACUCGUACCAGUUUGGCCCAUACAACGGCUCGCUGUUCACCACUCGUACGAAGGGGUUCAACAACAUCUGGUACUGGGGUGCUCAGAUGGCCACCUCAGGUGCCUUCACUCGCCUUUUGGAUCGCCAGUCGCUGUCGCGCAAGAAGCGCGCUCUGUACGGAGUUCUAAUCACUCUUGCUGUGGUCAACGCGGUGUGGGGAGGAACUCUCAAGAUGCAGAACAAGUAUACCCAUGGGAGGAUCGGCAAUACCCCGACCGACUACCCCGGAGGCGCUAUUGACUUCAAGGAUACCGCCCGGGCCGCCGGCCCCUGCAUUCUGUAUGCGUGCAUGGGUAUUCAGGACGCUCUAUGGAACAACAUGGCAUACUGGCUUCUGGGGACUAUCACCAACGAUGCCUCGCGCCUAGCACACUAUGCUGGAUUCUACAAGUCGAUGCAGUCGCUGGGUGCCGCUGUCUCGUGGCAACUCGAUGCAAAGAACGUCAAGUACCGGAAACAACUAAUAACCAACUGGGUCCUUCUCGAUGUGUCGGCACUGCUCAUGGUAUACCUGUCAUUCCGGGUUACUGACAAGACCGACGACGCGGAGGACAACUACAGUGGUGACCUCAAGUCCGGACCUGACUAUGCCACUGCUGAAGCUGAGCAGGUGUGAAUUGGGAGGACCAGUGCUUUCCACACAAUAUUUUACGGUAGCUUUCUAUUUACCCCUCUCCCGAGUAUAAUCGAUUCCCGGCGUCUUCCGAAGCACGCCGCUUAAUUAUGUGCCAGCCACGUCCGUACCCUAUGCCAGGCGUGGACCUGUCCUUGAAUUUAGCAUUCAUGCCACAUGGUUGUUGCAGACAGAUCAGCACAGGCAAUUGAAACUGUUUGCCAACGGGCAUUUACGCCGAAGGUACUCUACAGCCUUGUGAUCACUGAGUGCAUUGAAGCCAUACGGGUUUAGAUAGCACAGAGGAGAACUGGCGCGGUACCAGCAAUGGCCGCACCGCAGUGGAAAUAGCAAAGGGGUUGCGAAGGCUAGCGUGUAACCCUUUCUCCCUGGCAAGCAGUUCAAAAACAGCCCACUUUACACAGACCACUGAGGAAAAUAUUUUCGUUUUCGAUGAUGUCAGUCUGAAUAUACUGAAGGUAAA